AUGUCUUGGUGGCGGGAGAAUUUUUGGCUGCUCAUGGCCGUGGCUAUUGUUGUUGUCUCACUGACCAUCGGCCUGCUGAUGUACUGUAUCUGUAAGAAGCAGCUCGCACGAGGAGAGAGUUGGCCCAUUCCCAAGUCUCUGAAACAGAAACCGAAAAAAGAAGAAAGGAUGUAUGAGAAUUUCCGCAAUGAAACUCCAGAGUAUGUCCCCCCGCUGCCGCCCCGAAACCUCCCUUUGGACGACACGUUCCCCGGCGUUUCCCAAGAUGGUCCGACCCAACCAGGAGACGCGUACUCCUCCGUGAACAGGGACCGAAGGCCCGAGAAGAGAUCUUCCAGCUACGACGAACCGGAUGCCGACCUCUACAUCGAACCCGAGGAGGGCUACGAUGACGUCGAGAUCCCCGCGGUCACCGGCCCCGGGCCGCCGGUUUCUUCUUUUUAGGCCGCGGCGAAGGGACCGAUUUGUUGGAAACUAAACCCGCUGGCCCAAACCGACCGACCCUUUAUUGGGUGGGCUGUAUUUGAUGAACCUUUGUGAGAGGAGCAGCCCGGAUCAGUUUUCAUCUUAUUGGGAACUGGAAAGAGGAACUUGGUGGUGGUGGCUUUUUGGG